AUGAAUCUGUACUCACUGUGCAUAGACCGACGUGCACAGGAAUACCUUUCAGACUCCGUAUCUGCCUCUGGGACUUCAGACGACGAAGACUUCCUGGAGGCAGAGGAGCCGACCAUAGAGGAAGAGGACGGCGAGACUGCGUGGGAUGAAGACCUUACGCCAGGACCCUCCGGGCGACAAGUCGUCCCGAACAGACGUCCCUUCCUAUUGCCGCAGAGGAGCUCGUCCCAGGCCACGGCCACUCUUGCUGGCACACCCUCACCGCCGACUCUGAAGGCCGAGGAGCGCACACCUCUUCUGAGAACGCCAACGGAUAUGUCCUACCUACGGCAUGCUGAAGUCAGUCCACCCAAGACCAAGAUCAUCUCAGGGCACAGUACAUAUGGCCAAACGCUCUUCAACGCCAUUGCGAUUCUUCUCGGAAUAGGUAUGCUGUCUGAACCAUUGGCCUUCGCGUACGCAGGCUGGAUAGGAGGGACGGCUAUCAUCAUUUUCUACGGCUGGAUCACUUGCUAUACUGCAAAGAUUCUCGCCCACAUCAUUCUAGACGAUCCCAAGCUACGGUCGUACUCUGACAUCGGGAAGAAAGCAUUUGGACCCCGGUCAGGUCCCUGGAUCAGCGCAGUGUUUUGUUUAGAGCUCUUCACUGUCAGCGUUGCAUUAGUGACUCUGUACGCCGAUUCUUUGUACGCAGUCGCGCCUACAUACUCCCCUGAUACAUACAAACUACUUGGUUUGAUUGUCUUAAUACCCACAAUGAUUUUGCCCCUUUCUGUCCUAUCCUACACGUCGAUAUUAGGCAUUCUCUCGACGCUACUCAUCAUCGCAGUAAUGGUGAUGGAUGGUCUCUCGAAACCAGACAGUCCCGGUAGUCUAUGGGAACCAGCUCCUACAAGCUUGGGCAUUCGCACCCCACUUCAUCUAGGACUUGCUUUCGGGCUCUUCAUGGCGGGCUUCUCAGGGCACGCAGUCGUGCCGUCGCUCGUACGAGACAUGAUUGAUCCGACGCAGUUCGACGCGAUGAUCACCCAAGCGUUCACGGUCGCUACCGGCAUUUACGGUGUCAUCGGUGUGGCGGGAUACCUGAUGUUCGGGGAUGCCGUCAGUGAAGAGUUCAGCCAGGACCUCGCAAAAUACAGUCCGUUCCCGGUGCUUAACAGGAUCGCCCUCUGGGGCCUUGUUCUAGCGCCUUUGUCGAAAUACGCACUCGCAACUCGUCCAGUGGGUACCUCCACAGGGCGGCCAACGUCAAAACACAACCGCACACGCAACGGCAUGCUCACAGCUGUCGAGCGCGCACUCUUCACGCUAUGCUCGGUAGCUGUGUCGAUUUUCGUCCCUGACUUCAGCUCGAUGAUGGCAUUCCUCGGCGCGUUCUCGUCGUUCCUGCUCUGUGUCAUCGGCCCGGUGUCGGCCAAAAUUGCGCUGGCAGGGCGCUGUGGGUGGUGGGAUGGUUUCCUGCUCGUGACCGGGAUUAUCAUGGCUACUUGGGGGACAAUAGCCUCCUUCUGGUCAAUGCAAUAA